AUGAGUUCUCUCAAACAAUUCAUCCGUAAUGUCAGAGCGGCCAAGACCAUCGCCGACGAGAGAGCCGUCGUACAGAAGGAGAGUGCCGCCAUCAGAGCCAGCUUCCGCGAAGAGAGUCACAAUUCCAAUGUCAGGCGCAACAACGUCGCAAAGCUCCUCUACCUCUUCACACUCGGCGAGCGAACCCACUUCGGUCAAAUAGAAUGUCUAAAGCUACUAGCUUCACCGCGCUUCGCCGACAAGCGUCUGGGCUACCUGGGCACCAUGCUGCUGCUCGACGAGAAUCAAGAGGUCCUCACUCUGGUCACAAACUCCUUGUCCAAUGAUUUGAAACACUCGAACCAGUACAUCGUCGGCCUUGCUCUUUGCACCCUCGGCAACAUCGCCUCGGUCGAGAUGUCGCGCGAUCUCUUCCCCGACAUCGAGACCAUUCUAUCCAGCUCGAAUCCGUAUAUCCGUCGAAAAGCCGCUCUCUGCGCCAUGAGGAUCUGCCAUAAAGUCCCCGACCUUCAAGAGCACUUCUUCGAGAAAGCCAAACUCCUUUUGACCGACCGUAACCACGGUGUUCUGUUGUGUGGAAUGACACUCCUAGUGAGCUUGUGUGAAGCAGAUGAAGAGGAGGGCGGAGAACAGGGUGUAGUUGAGAUGUUUAGACCGCUGGUCCCUACCUUGGUUAAAAUCCUCAAGGGCCUCUCCAGCUCUGGAUAUGCCCCCGAGCAUGAUGUUACUGGUAUCACCGAUCCUUUCUUGCAAGUCAAGAUCCUUCGACUGUUGCGCGCCUUGGGUCGUGGUGAUGCUCAAACGAGCGAGCAGAUCAACGACAUUCUGGCUCAAGUAGCCACAAACACCGACUCUUCCAAGAACGUUGGAAAUUCGAUUCUCUACGAAGCUGUCUUGACCAUUCUGGAUAUCGAGGCCGACUCAGGCUUGCGCGUUCUCGGUGUCAACAUUCUGGGUAAAUUCUUGACCAACAAGGACAACAACAUUCGAUACGUCGCCCUCAAUACCUUGAUAAAGGUUGUUGCCGUCGAACCUAACGCUGUACAGAGGCAUCGCAACACUAUUCUUGACUGCUUGCGUGAUCCCGACAUCAGUAUUCGUAGAAGAGCUCUGGAUCUCAGUUUCACCUUGAUCAACGCCGACAACGUUAGAGUCCUGAUCCGCGAACUGUUGUCUUUCCUCGAGGUUGCUGAUGCAGAGUUCAAGCCAAUCAUGACUUCCCAGAUUGGCAUCGCCGCAGACAGAUUUGCACCCAACAAGCGAUGGCACGUAGACACCAUGCUCAGGGUUCUCAAGCUGGCUGGGAACUACGUCAAGGAGCAAAUACUGUCAUCUUUCGUCCGACUGAUCGCAACUACGCCUGAACUUCAAACUUACGCCGCACAAAAACUUUACGCAACGCUGAAGGACGACAUCUCUCAAGAGGGUCUCAGCCUGGCAGGCGCCUGGGUAAUUGGUGAGUACGGUGAUGCUCUUCUGCGCGGCGGCCAGUAUGAGGAGGAAGAACUCGUCAAAGAAGUCAAACAGAGCGACAUUGUCGAUCUGUUCACCAGCAUUCUCAACAGCAGUUACGCUGGCCAGAUCGUAAAGGAGUACAUAAUCACAUCCGCCAUGAAGCUUACCACUCGCCUUACGGAACCGGCUCAGAUCGAGAGACUGCGAAGGCUACUGGAGAGCAACAACACCAACCUGGAUGUGGAAAUUCAACAGCGUGCAGUCGAGUAUGGUAACUUGUUCGCCUACGACGAAGUACGCCGUGGCGUACUAGAACGUAUGCCAGCCCCGGAAAUUCGUGAAGAGCAAAGAGUCUUGGGAGAGGCGACAAAGAAGCGACAAUCAAAGGUGCCGAAAAUGAAGAAGCCAAGUCAGGUCACCGAGCAAGAUAUGCUCCUGGACUUGAUGGGAGGCGACACAAACAUGCCUGCCACCGACUUGAGCUCAACCAUCAAUGGAUCACAGCAUAACGCAGACCUGCUCGCUGGCAUACUCGAUGGCGCACAGCCUCCUUCAACAACAUCGCCUGCACCUGCUAGUAACAUGAGCUCAAUCAUGGAUCUCUUUGACACAUCAUCAACAACGGCAACACCACAGCCGCCGUCACAACAACAGGCACAGAGCGCAGACUUGUUCGGUGGAAUGACUUCUCCCCCACCACAGACGCAAGGGCCUGCAGUCCAUACAGCAUUCGAUAAGAAUGGACUUCUGGUCACAUUGUCGGUUCAGAGGGCUGCUGCAGGAGUGUCUGUAAUGGCUCGAUUCAGGAAUACAGGCAACUUCGAGCGAUUGACGGAUCUCGGCUUGCAAGCUGCUGUACCCAAAAGUCAGAAAUUGCAAUUGCAACCUAUCAGCACAGGCGAACUGGACGGUGGAGAAGAGGCAACGCAGGUGAUGCGCAUCAUCAGUGUGCAAGGACCGCCGCCACCAAAGUUGCGCUUGAGGUUGAAGGUCAGUUAUGCGCAAGCAGGCAGUCCAGCGGUGAUAGAGCAGGUGGAUUGGUCAGAGCCAGCAUAA